GCUUGUUUUGAUUGGCUGAAAUUUGCCUUGCCCAUAAAAAGCAACAAGGGGUUGUCAGAUUUUUUUUUUUUCACUUCUUCUUGCAAACACCUUUUUUUUUAAAAAGAGAACUCGCCCAUGCUUAAAGUUCGUUCGACGUUUAGUCUACUCCAGCAUAAACAACUACCAGCCACGUUGGUGGUUGGUUCAGCACGUCAGUACGCUACACGUAAAUUACCCGUGGAUUUUGCAACCAUUGAAGAGAAAUGGCAGACGCGAUGGAAGCAUGCGACACCAGCGGCUGUGGAUCCCAGUAAACCCGAUUAUUACACACUGUCCAUGUUUCCUUACCCAAGUGGCAUGUUGCACAUGGGUCAUGUGCGUGUCUAUACCAUUAGUGACACCAUUCAACGUUUUCGAAAAAUGAAGGGAUACAAUGUCCUCCAUCCUAUGGGUUGGGAUGCCUUUGGUUUACCUGCCGAGAACGCUGCUAUCGAAAGAGGUAUCCAUCCCGCUGAAUGGACCGUGAAAAAUAUUGCCAUUAUGAAGGAACAAAUCUCGAAAUUAUGUAUUGGUUUUGAUUGGUCUAGAGAAGUAUCGACGUGCGAUCCAGAAUAUUAUCGAUGGACACAGUAUAUUUUUUUGGAAAUGUAUCAUGCGGGAUUAGCUUAUCAAAAGGAGGCCGUCGUGAAUUGGGAUCCUGUCGAUAAGACCGUGCUUGCAAAUGAACAGGUCGAUCAUGAAGGAAAAUCAUGGCGUUCCGGUGCUCUUGUUGAAAGAAAAAAGUUGAGACAAUGGUUCUUUAAAGUCACCGAAUUUGCUGAUGAUCUUUUAAAAGAUAUCGAUCGCUUGGAAAAUUGGCCUGAACGUGUAAAGCAAAUGCAAAGAAAUUGGAUUGGAAAGUCAAAGGGUGCUGAAUUUGACUUCAAUAUUACUUCAUCCAAUGCUGCCAAUUUAGAACCCAUCAAGGUAUUCACCAGUAGACCCGAUACCAUGUUUGGUGUACAAUAUCUUGUACUUGCUCCUGAACAUCCUUUAGUCACCAGAGAAAACCUUCCAUCCGAACAAGCAGAUUCUGUAUUAGAUUUCGUCCAAGACCUUAACAAGAAACAAAAUAUGCAAGAAGCCGAAGAGAAUAAAAAGGGUGUAUUCACUGGCUUGUAUGCACUUAACCCUUUCACCAACGAGGAUAUCCCAGUCUACGUUGCCCCUUAUGUCCUUUCCGAUUAUGGUACGGGAGCUGUCAUGGGUGUUCCCGCUCAUGAUAAGCGUGAUUUCGAGUUUUGUAAAGUCAAUGGAGUCGUCGACCAGAUGCGGUACGUUGUUGAACCCGCCAUCAAGGACUUGGAUCAGUCAACCGGCGUCGAUACCAGCGUUCCCUAUGUGGCUCAAGGUAUUCUGACCGCUGCCUCAGGUCCUUAUCAGGGCAUGAAAUCAAAGGAGGCUGGAAAAGCAAUCUUAAAAGCGGCCCAAAGUAUGGGCGUAGGUCAUCCUGCUACACAGUUUAGAUUAAAGGAUUGGCUCUUGUCUCGACAGAGAUAUUGGGGUGCACCUAUCCCUAUCAUCCACUGCCCUUCAUGCAAAGUGGUGCCUGUUCCAAAAGAAGAUCUUCCAGUCAAUCUUCCAUUAGAUGUUGAAUUUUCCGGUAAAGGACAAUCCCCACUUGCUCGUAAAGAAGAUUGGGUGAACUGCAAGUGUCCAAAGUGUCAAGGACCUGCAAAACGAGAGACAGAUACGAUGGAUACAUUUGUGGAUUCGUCCUGGUAUUUUAUGAGAUACACAGAUCCUAAAAAUAAGGAAUUACCAUUUGAUCCAGUCAAGGCCUCUUCUUUGUUACCUGUGGAUAUUUAUAUCGGUGGUGUAGAACAUGCCAUUCUUCAUCUCUUGUAUUCCCGUUUCUUUUCCAAGGCAUUGUUGAAACAAGGCGCGUAUCAAGAGUUACCCAAUACUAAACCUGGUAACGGUGAACCAUUUAAUGUCUUACUCACUCAGGGUAUGGUUCAUGGUCGUACUUAUAAAGAUCCCAAGACCUCAAGAUUCUUGAAGCCUGAGGAAGUAGACGUAUCAGAUCAUGAUAAUCCAAAAAUCAUUGCUACCGGUGAGCAACCUUUGAUUUCAUUUGAAAAGAUGUCCAAGAGUAAAUAUAACGGUGUUGAUCCUGUUUCGGUUGUAGAGGAGUGCGGUGUUGACCCUACCCGUCUUCAUAUCUUGUACAAGGCACCUCCUUCUGAAGUUCUCGAAUGGGAAAGUGACAGUAUCAUUGGUAUGCAACGAUGGUUAUCCAAGGUCCUCAAGCUUUCCAAAUCCACUACCCUCACAUCCAACGAGAUACCAGCUCUUACCUCCAUGUCAACCGAAGAAAGAGAAAUGUACAGAGUGACUAACCAUACCGUCAAACAAGUCACCGAGAGCAUGUCCAAUUCGUAUUCUUUCAAUACCGCUAUUUCGGAUCUCAUCAAGCUGUCCAACCAUGUUUCUUCAUCGUCUGUUGAACCUGCCUCCGCUGUGUACCAGCAUGCUGUUCAAUCGCUGGUGAAAAUGAUGGCCCCCAUGACACCUUCCAUGAGUGAAGAAUGUUGGGAAUCGUUGCACGGACAAGGUGAGAAGAGUCACAGUGUACUUGAACAGACAUGGCCUACAUUUGUACCAGAAGCACUUGAAAAAGAUCAGGUGGAUUGUAUUGUACAAGUCAAUGGUAAGACACGAUUAAGUAUUACUGUGCCUAAAGCAUUGGCUGGAAAUGCACAAGAAAUUGAAAAACUUGUGAGAGCUUCCGAGAUCGGUCAAAAGUGGUUGGCAGAUAAACCUGUUCGUAAAUUGAUUUUGGCAAAGAAGGGUGAAUUGAUCAAUUUUGUACUUUAAUUUAUGUAAAAAAUAUAUAAAAAAAAAAUGUAGAAUUUCAAAUAAAUAAUCGUUAGUGGGUAUAAAAAAAUACGCAUCCGUUACUA